CUGGCUUGUCCGCUUCAUCCAUUUACGGUGGCAUUGCGCAGCGACAGGAGCGUCUUUAUAGUUUUUGAAAAGGCAAGCCAGUGCAAUUAUUCAGUACAGAGCUUCUUCAACCAUAAUGAGACCGACACUUGCCAGACUGGCCUCGAGCGCGGCGGCCUCGUCCCCCUUACGCCCACAGGCUAUGGCGCUACUCCCGCCCAUCCCGCUGUACAGACGACUGCUACGCGCCCAUAGAAAACAUUUACCGCCUGAGAUGCGACUCCUGGGCGACGAAUAUAUCAAGGCGGAGUUUAGGGCGCACCGUCAAGUCGAGAAUCCGAUGCAUUUGAUUGGAUUUUUGACAGAGUGGCAGCUCUACGCGCAAAAGAUUGAAGGUGACGCAUGGGUAGGAGACAAGAUUGACCAAGGAAAACUGGCGAAAAUGAGCGACGAGCAAAUUGCGCAACUUUAUGAGCUGAUGCAGUCGAUAAAGAAUAGAGGAACAGAAGACCCGGAGGCGUAGUAGUCUAGUAUGGCUCUUUUGGUUUCGUUAUAUUAUGUACUAUUUUUGUAAUCUAUGUACUAUUACACUCGCUCAUCGCUCCAGUGCUUCUGCGAUCCACGCUGCUUGGAUAGAGCUGACCUUUUUUGCGUAGUUUUUGUUGGUAUACACGUGCUCGAGGAACAUGAUGGCUUCUUUCUUCUGUCCGUGCAGCACGCUUGCUGGGUGGAUGGCCACAACGUGUUUGCCGUGGACGGUGACAUAGCUUGCGUCGGGGGCUAGCAUUGCUGUCUUGAGAGCGAAGCCGCGCAGGAAGCAUUUCAGAAUCGACUCGGCACGCUCAGGAGACACAGGCUCGAAGGGUUGCGGGUCUGCGGGUGGCGCUUCGUCAAGCAGCUUUUCUUUGACACACAUUCCGCGCAACUGUCUGCGAAUGUUGAGCGCUUGCUUCAUGUUACGGAUAUUGAUCUUGCGCUUGCGGCACCAUGCCUGACGGUCUGCGUUUUCUGCCGUGUAUUGCUGCAUAGUGGUGAGAUAGGUGAUGAGAUCGCCUUCUCGGCGCUGUACUUCCUUGCGAAUCUCUUCAAUCUCUUCCAUGCCCUCCUCUGAUUGGACUGACAUGAAGAUGUCCUCACCCGAGGUGAUGCAUGAGAUGAUGUCAAUGACCUCCAAGAGGCAGGAGAAUCCGGGUCGAGACGCGGCAAGGAGGACAGCACCAAGAGGGCCUGAAACGGGGAACUGCGCCAUGAUCUGGCCCUCCUUCGUAAUGGCGCCGUCGUCUGCAAGUGCUCCGAGGAAGUGCAAGUGAACGAGAGCACGCUCGAUAGCUUCUGUCUCAGGGGCAUCCAUCAACGGAAAGGCGAGGACGUCAUGGAUACCGCGUGCCUUCAUAGUUAGCACGGCGCCGAGGACAUCGUUGCGGAGAAUCUCAGGGAGGUCGGUUUCUUGUAGAUUCUGGAAUGACGAUUCGGUAUACAUGCGGUAGCACUUGCCGGGGCCUUCACGACCAGCACGACCCGUUCGUUGAACGGCAGAGGACUUGGAUAUGGGCUUUGCGAGAAGCGAUUCCAUGCCCAGCCUGGGGCGGAACUGUUUGACCUUUGCUUUGCCGCCGUCAAUCACAUAGCGUACACCUGGUACAGUAACGGAGGUUUCGGCAAUAUUUGUGGCAAGCACAAUCUUGCGAGUGAAGCGUUCCUUGACGGGUUUGAAGGCCUCGCGCUGAGCCUCAAUGGACUGCUGACCGUAUAGAGGCACGGCUUUGAUUUUGGGGACAUUGGAGGCGAGAGUGGCCGCAUAUUCUUCAAUCAGCUUUUGAGCAAUCUCGAUUUCUUCCUGGCCGGUGAGAAAGCAAAGCACAUCGCCGGGUAAGGGUUCCUCGACGUGGAUUUUGAAGACUCGCUUGAGGAGAGCGUCUUGGAUAUCCGCCACAGGGUUAGGCUCAUGUAUCACUUCGACAGGGAACUGUCUGCCCUUGAUGCUUAGGAAUUGUACUGCGUUGGCCUUUCCACCCUUGCUUUGGGAAUCUUCAAAGAAGCCACGAAUCACGUCAAUAUCUGCCGUGGCACUCAUGAUGAUGACCUUCAACGGGAUCCCGCCUCGGUUCUUGGUACCCUUUGCGAGAAUCUGUUUCAAAAAGCCAACUAAUAGAUCGACAUCCAAGCUUCUCUCGUGAAUUUCGUCCACAAUUAUAGCGCUAUAUUGUCGCAAGUAUGGGUCUCGAAGCAGCUCUUGGAGUAGCGUUCCUUCGGUCAAGAAUUUGAUCUUGGCUCCCUUGGGUACCUGGUGGUCGAAUCGCACCGAGUAUCCCACCAUGCCGUCCGUGCGACCCUUUCCCAUGGGUGUACCGGCUUCUUGCGCAACACGGUGUGCAAGUGUUGUAGCAGCAACUCGUCGGGGCUGCGUGAUGGCAACCAUACCACCAACAGCCACUUCCUGGCCAUCAACUUUGACUUUUUGGCGCUUGCACCAUGGCUCUUGGUAGAGGAAUUGAGGGACCUGUGUUGAUUUACCAGAACCAGUUUCACCUACGAGAACAACCACGCUAUUCUGUGGACCGCUGACGGCUGCCUGAAUCUCCUCACGAUGCUGCCAAAUCGGUAGUGCCUUUCGUAUCUUGAGCAGCGCAUUAUCUUCUGCACCGCGGGGUUGGAAAGACUUUCCAUGCUUUUGAUGCUUUCCUUUAUGACUUUUGGUACUAUUCGAAGUUGAUUGUUUGUUUUCUGCGGUUUUUGGCUCCUCUGGCGGCGGUUGUGGCUCUUUUGGUGUUUUCUUUUUCGUCUCGCCAAGGUAGCCAUCGAGGGAAAUGGAUAUGCCACCGAUGUUAAGGGAGCCCGGUCCUGCUCCGUUUUGAGUUUUCCGUUUCUUCGACGGCCUCUCAGCCGUAUUCUCUGGGGCCAUAUCUGCAAUAUUGUUGAGGUUGUGAGUGUGGGAUGCUAG